GGGGCGCGCUGGUUGGCCGAGGCGGCGCGCUGUGUUAAUGACCUGACCCUCCCGGCACCUGUGGGCCGCGCUGCCCGCGGGCGCCGGCGUAGGCACAGUGCGACCCGCGCGAGGGCACCAUGCCGCGCUCCUUCCUGGUGAAGACGCACCCCGGCCACAGGGUCCCUAACUACGGGCAGCUGGAGAGGCAGAGAGAAACCAAUGGCGCCUGUUCUGCCUGCGGGGGGCUGGUGGUACCCCUCGUCCUCCCAGACAAGGCGGCCCCGUCCACGCCUGGCGACCCUCCCCGGCCCUGGGACUUCACCUCCGUCGUCGCCCACGUCUCCCUGCCCCUCCCCACCUUCCUGUGUAACGAGGAAGCUCGGGGGGCCUCGGGGCCAGACCCCCUGGAAGUCAGCCUGGCGGACCCUCGGGCCGGCCGGGCCCUCGGCGCACCUCUCAGAGACAGCCUGAAGCACCUCGGCCUGCCCCCGCUGCUGGCUCUGCCCACGCGCUGGCCCCCGGUCCUGGGCGCAGAUGGGGCCCAGGCUCCGGGCCACCUGCCAGGGGCCGAGCGGGCCCCCUGCACCCCAGGGGGCUUCCGCACGCCGGCCGCACUGGCCAGGCACCAGCAGCUGCAGUGCCACCUGCAGGCUCAACGCUGCUUCACCUGCAAGUUCUGCGACAAGGAGUACGGCAGCCUGGGCGCCCUCAAGAUGCAUAUCCGCACACACACGCUGCCCUGCCUCUGCACCGUGUGCGGCAAGGCCUUCUCCAGGCCCUGGCUGCUGCAGGGCCACAUCCGGACCCACACAGGUGAGAAGCCCUACACCUGCCCUCACUGCAGCAGGGCCUUCGCUGACCGCUCCAACCUGCGGGCCCACCUGCAGACGCACUCGGACACCAAGAAAUACCAGUGCAAGCGCUGCGCCAAGACCUUCUCCCGCGUGGCGCUCCUGGCGCGGCACGAGGAGUCCGGCUGCUGCGCCCCCUGAGAGGCGGAGGGGCCGCGGAGCUGGGCGUCCUGGGAGGGCGCUGCCCUUCCCUGCCCACGUGAGGGACUUCUCUCCGGGGACGACUCUCGUCCGGUUGACAGCCUCGUCCACGCCGUUUCCAGCGAGCUCUGGUUCCGGUUCUGUUCCUCCCAGUGACAGCCGGUCGGGAGCCAGUCGUCAGCACGGAAGAUCCCCACGUGAGGCUGACGGCGGGGCUGCCCUGGAUGCCCUCCACUCCGGACCGGCAGUUUGACUUGGGCCGAGCACAUCCGUGUGGGCCACCUGCGUGGGCAGAGCUACCUGGAGGCUCCCCUCCACCUGCCUUUGAUGGCAUCUGGGCCAAGCUGUCUCAUGUCACACGUGCACAGGCGCACACACGCGACACGCACACACCCUCCCCUCCUCACUAGGCCGUCCUGAGGAUGGGGCAGCGAGGGAGGCCCCGCGGCGGGUGGAUCUGGGGCGAUAAAGAGCCCGCACUCCUGCUGCAACAUCCUCUGAGGCUCUGAGGCUCACCCAGUCCCCUGGGUCCGCAGAGGAGGCCGAGCUUGGACAACCUCUGCUGAGGCAGCUGGGCUCCUGGAUAAUGGGACCCUGUGGCCAGACCGGGGCGGGGGGAGCUGAGGGGGAAGGGCCUCGAGCUGUGCGGUCCUUACCGGGUGGGAGCAGCAGGUGAGCAGGGCGCCUUCCCUUGGAAGGAAGGGAGCGGACGUGGGGACAGUACAGCGAGGACCAGCGGCGGGGUGAGGGUGCGAGAGGAGGACCGAGGCCGCGUGUCUGUGGCAGGCGUUCAUGCCCCCCCGAAGUCUAAUUUAGAGGGGAGUCCCCCCUGCACCUGCAGCAUCUCUACUGAACACCACGGACGCGUCGUCACUGCAGCCACCUCCCCGAGGCACUAGGCCCCUCACCCAGCGCCCCGGCCUCCUUCCUGCACGCCCUCUCCUGAGGCUGCAGCACCCCCAGCCCAGCAAGCAGCCGACCUCUGACCCCACCCAAGACACAUACCUCCCCAAACCGACUCAGAUGCUGAGAGCCCACUUCCUUCUCACAGGUGGCCUCCCCUCACCCCCAGGCCCCGGGCGCUCACACGCUGGGCUGGCCCUGCCUCUCGGCAGUGUCUGAGUCGUCUGCACCAGACCCCGGAGGGUGGCGUCUAGGAAGGAGGAAGGAGGCCUGAGUCUAACGGAGAAGGGCCGAAUCCUUGGUGCAGGACGGGACACCUGCUCCUCUCUGCAGCAGGGCUGGCCCCAGCCAAGGGACAGGGCUCGGCACCUUGGUCCUGCCUUCGGGAUGGUGCCACACGGCAAGCAGCACAGGCCCCGUCUCGGCCCUGAGCCACCAGACCUGCUGACCUCCUCCCCGUGUGACAGGAUGCUGGGAGCGCUCACCAGGCCCACAUAGCUGCCAGCUCUGCAGCCCCAACCCUGGGUCCCCACCCGCAGAUCCCUCCUAAUGCCGAAGUCGGGGGCUGAGGGUCCCUGGGUGGCUGGUUUGAUAACGGCAAUCAGAGGGGGCCUGGGGACAUCCCAGAGGAAAACUGACCUUGACACUGGGCUUCCCUGGAUCAAGGGCGACCCUGAUGAAACUGAGCACCCAGGAGAGCCGCUGCUCUAGCCUAAAGCAGACUGAUCUAUCUGCCCACAGAACAGCGAACCUCUCCAAGGAAGCCACGCUUGCACUCCCAGUCCCACUGCCACCCCCCACAGGGAUCAGCCUCCCCCGAGGGACACACGGCGGGACCAGGAGGCUUAGCUAACGUGUCAGUUUGCUGGGGCGGCCGUAACAAACCCACAGAGCGGGGGCCUCAGACCACAGAGACAGACUCCUCCACAGCCCCGGAGGCCAGAAGUCCGAGACCGAGGUGCCGGCCGGGCUGGUCCCUGCCGGGGCCGAGGGAGAAUCUGCCCCAGGCCUCUCCCAGCUGCCGCAUUUGCUGGCGCCUCUGAUGUUCUGUGGCUCGCGGAAGCGGCACCCCCUUCUCUGCUUCCAUCUUCACGUGUGCGUGUCUGUGUCCGUGUCCAAAUUUCCCCUUUUUAUAAGGGCACCAGUCGUACUGGGUGAGGACCCACCCUGAUGAUCCCGACAACAUCCGCAAAGACCCUGUUUCCAGAUAAGGCUGCAUUCUGAGGUACUCGGAGGUUAGGACUUCAGUGUGUGAAUGGGGGGCACCGUUCACCCUGUAACAGCUGAUGAGAGCACACAGUUUGCCUAGAGAAACCUGGCGGGUCCCUGUGCUUGGACUUAUGGAGAGGAGAGUGGAAUGCCAUUCCCCCCAGGCCACAAAGGAUCAAGGGGGCAGUGAGCCCACGAACGACUUACUAGAAACGCGUCCUCCAAACGCACUGUGACCCACCCGGACGGCCCCUCUCGAGUGUGCAGGUGCCUGACCCCUCCUCUCCGCUACCCUGGUCAGGGGCCCACAGCGGGUGGGAACAGGCCUCUGCCCUCCAGGGACAUCCCUCCACUGUCUCCCGAAUGCCUGGGCCUCUGCUGAGCAGGGUGGGCAGCCCGGGGCUGGGGAGCCUCUCAUCCCUGGCGAAGGCUAAGCUCCAACCGCACUCGUGUUUGUGCCCAUCGCACUGGAGGGCUUUUUAUUUUAAUGGCAUCCAGAUGCCUGAAGGAAGCUAUAUUGUAAAUUGUGUUCUAUUUCUGAGCACCAAUAUCUAAAUGAAGCGAGGCACCUGUUGGGGAUGGAGGAAGGGAA